AUGGCAAAUCAUGACCCACUGAUCAGUCUGCGCCAAUCUAUCGCCUCCGAAAGCCCAAUCAGCCUUUCCGCCUCCACAGAUAAUAAUCCCACUGAGAACCUCGCCGUCGCAACCCACCUCUAUUUUUCAGCUCCCGAACCACACGCCAUAUCCUUAGACACACCAACGCGCUUCAUUUCGUCCGAGAAGCCCGUCGACCUCCGUAGUAUCUUUUUCGCCUGGCAGAAGCGUCAUGAUGCCAUCCAAGACUAUAUUGAUUCUGUUCAGUCACUCAGUGAUGAGCUCGAGAAGUCCGGCCAAGCUGGACGAGUGACAAACUUAGUGUUCGUUCAGAGACUAGACUUGAUCACAUGGCUCGAAGGGGCUUCGGACGAGAGUGAAUUCAUCAAGCCAUUAGAAGGAGACAGCGCGGCAGCUAAAUCUGCUCAGCUUGCAUCCGGGUCGGCUGGGGGAAUCGCCACAGUACCUAGCAGCGCUGCCGCUGCAAGAAUCGGGAAACAAGUCGACCCGCGACUACAAGAGAUCUAUAAUCUUGAGAGAAGGAUGGGGGAUAGAAAUAGCAUACUUCGUGGUCACAAGCCUACAGACUUCUCCUACGUCCGCAAAUACUCCGAGACCUUCAUCAAAGACAAGAAGAAACCCAACGCCCCCUCCACCAUCCCUGCAAACCCCACCACAACCCUCGCCUCACGCGACAAAAAGCCCGGCCGACGCCCCGACCCCAUCAUCCUGCUCUCCCCCUCCGCUUCCUCCCUCCUACGCAUGUCAAACAUAAAAUCCUUCCUGGACAGCGGUACCUACGUCCCCGCAGACUCCUCCUCCACGACAGCCAAUAUCCUGCACGUAUCCCGCCUCCUCCCCAGCAUCGACCCGCAACGGCCUUUCCGCUUCAUCCUCGUCGACACGCCUGAGCAGUUCAAGCCCGAUUAUUGGAAUCGCGUUGUGGCGGUGUUUACGACGGGGCAGACGUGGCAGUUCAAGAGCUAUAAGUGGCAGAAUGCGCCCGAUCUGUUCAAGCAUUCGCUCGGGAUUUAUCUUGGGUGGCGGGGGGAGGAUAUUCCGGCUAGUGUGAGGGGGUGGGGACGCGGGGUUACGAGUGCGCAGGUCGAUAAGUGGAAUCCGGCGCAGGGCGUGCAGGGGCGGUGGAGGGAUAGGGAGGUUGUGGAGGGGAUUUGGGGGAGGGUGGAGGAGAGUAUGAGGAGUAGAGGGUGGAGCAAGGAUGGGGGGCCGGUGGAGAGGUGA